GGCGGCCGGCGGGCGGCCGGGGCCGGGACGAUGACUCUGGAGUCCAUGAUGGCGUGCUGCCUCAGCGAUGAGGUGAAGGAGUCCAAGCGGAUCAACGCCGAGAUCGAGAAGCAGCUGCGGCGGGACAAGCGCGACGCCCGGCGCGAGCUGAAGCUGCUGCUGCUCGGCACGGGCGAGAGCGGAAAGAGCACGUUCAUCAAGCAGAUGCGGAUCAUCCACGGGGCGGGCUACUCAGAGGAGGACAAGCGGGGCUUCACCAAGCUCGUGUACCAGAACAUCUUCACUGCCAUGCAGGCCAUGAUCCGCGCCAUGGAGACCCUAAAGAUCCUGUACAAGUAUGAGCAGAACAAGGCCAAUGCGCUCCUGAUCCGCGAGGUGGAUGUGGAGAAGGUGACAACGUUUGAGCACCGUUACGUGCACGCCAUCAAGACCCUGUGGGGUGACCCCGGCAUCCAGGAGUGCUAUGACCGCAGGCGGGAGUACCAGCUCUCCGACUCCGCCAAGUACUACCUGGCCGACGUGGACCGCAUCGCCACCUCAGGCUACCUGCCCACCCAGCAGGACGUGCUGCGGGUCCGUGUGCCCACCACUGGCAUCAUCGAGUACCCUUUCGACCUGGAGAACAUCAUCUUCAGGAUGGUAGACGUGGGAGGCCAGAGGUCAGAGCGGAGAAAGUGGAUCCACUGCUUUGAGAACGUGACGUCCAUCAUGUUCCUUGUGGCCCUGAGUGAAUAUGACCAAGUGCUGGUGGAGUCGGACAAUGAGAACCGCAUGGAGGAGAGCAAAGCCCUCUUCCGGACCAUCAUCACCUACCCCUGGUUCCAGAACUCCUCGGUCAUUCUCUUCCUCAACAAGAAGGACCUGCUGGAGGAUAAGAUCCUGCACUCCCACCUGGUGGACUACUUCCCCGAGUUCGACGGGCCACAGCGGGAUGCACAGGCCGCCCGGGAGUUCAUCCUGAAGAUGUUUGUGGACCUGAACCCCGACAGCGACAAGAUCAUCUACUCCCACUUCACGUGCGCCACCGACACGGAGAACAUCCGCUUUGUGUUCGCGGCCGUCAAGGACACCAUCCUGCAGCUCAACCUGAAGGAGUACAACCUGGUCUGACCCGGCCGCCGCCACCGCCCCCAGGGGACAGGGACAGCCGUUGGGCGGGCCUUCCUCCGGGCGCCGAGCCCGCCCGGCUCUGCCCACAGACGAGUUGAUUUUGUUUUCCUAUUUUUAACAAAGGGUUUUUAUUUCACAGCUAUCAGGGGACGUAUGUGUUUCUUUCUAUACACCCCCGUGCACUUUCUCAUCUGUGUCAGCGGCGCGGCAGCCUUUUCCUGGCCUUGACUCGUGGCUCGCUUUUUUCUAUUAAAAAAAAAAAAAAAAAAAAAAAAAAAAAAAGGAAAAAAAAGGAAAAGAAGGAGACAAGACCAGCGGAGACAAGACACGCGGGCACGCGCGCCCCCACUGCAGGCCGGCGGCCCCCUGGCGCCCAGCGGGGACAGAGCCACCCGCCGGCCCGCCCCCCUUGCUCCUGGCCCUCACCACCGAGGCUCCCCACCCCAGACUAUGACUUCUCUUUCUCUCGCUCCCUAAGUUAUUGACGUCCUGGACUCCAAGAAGUGGGGGUGGGUGGCGCCCCCCGCUGCCCGCCCUGGGAAGUGCCUAACUUUUUUUUUUUUUCUUUUCCGGGUGAGGAAAGGAAGGCAGUGAGCUGGCUCCCGGGACCCACAGGCUGCUGUCCAGACACCCCCGAGGGGUCAAGGGCGCCCCACUGUGCCCAGGGAGCCGGGAGAGGGCCCUUCUGGAUUGGGAGCCACUUUUGAUUAGUUCUGUUUUGAAACCAGCUUGGAAACAGUGAGCGUGGAGUGGGGACUUCUUCAGAAUAUUCUCAGGUCUGUCCCCGAGAGGCAGAGAAGGGAGUCGCCCGCGGCGGUUCCCGGGCGCGGCCUCCGGCGCAAGCCCUUCUCCCACAUCCCCCACUUCUGCUCCCGAGCCCCCUGCCCCGGGAGGUGAGCACGCAGCACGACGCGCACUUUGCCCCGAGCCAUGGAGGGCCAGUGGCUGCUGGCACUGCGGCCCCGGGUGGCUUCCAGGCCUGGCCACGGCCAUGGCCACGCACUGAGCCAGAGCCACGGGCCGCCUUUCCCGGGUCCCCUUCUUCCAAGGGGCUCGGAGGGUGGGAACAAGCGGGGGGGGGGGGUGUUUUCAUCUGAUGUGGACUGAGCACUACAGUGUUUUUCUGUGGGUUGUUUUGAUUUGCACAAUGUAGCGGGAAUGAACUGCCAGGCCUUGGACCCACCCGCUGCAUCUGGACACGGCCCGGUCGCGGUCUGUGUGGCCGCUGCUGGUCUGGGCCGCCAGCAAAGAGUAGAAACGACUCGGACAGCAGCCCCGAUGCUGGCGUCCACUGUGCCUGGCCCCGCUCCCUCCGCUCACCUGACGCAGGGGCCGGCCUGCCGGUGUCGGAGGAGAGAGCUAGGAGGGGCCUUGUGGCGACUGGGGAGCCCCUUCAGGGUGGGGCGGUGACAUUCCUAGUGCCCAGCCCUCUCUGGGGGCAGGACGGGCCCUCACGGUGCCACGUGUCUGCAUGGGAGGGGGCGUGCCAUAGCCUCCAGCAUGCACCCUCAGUGCCAGAGCAGAUGGUGCUGCUGGCGGGGGGCCUGCCCAGGGGACUCGGGGUCCUCGCAGGGUGCGCAUCGCCAUGUCUCAGCCAAGAUCACAAGGGAACUGGGUUGGGGCGGGGGGGGGGGGGGGGGGGUGACCUGAGCCUGUGAGCCUGGGCACCCGAAGUAUUAAUUCUUCCCAGAGGGAGCAGUGUGCCAAGCACCCUAGAGCCAAAGCCUGGCUGGAGCACCAUGCCACCCCCGCCCAGCGCUUCUGAAACCCUGAGGGCCCAGGACCGGAGGGCGGGGACACCGCCGUGUGCCCUAGAGGGUUGGAGACCGCUCUGCCGGUGGGGCCUGGGUGGUCCGGGCCCCUCCCUCGCCCAUGGUGUGAGGCUUGUUUUUCUCGUUUUCCACCCUGGGGGGGCUCCAUCCUCCUCCCACUGUCAGGUUCCCCCCCCCCCCCCAGAGACGUCCCAGUGCCAGCGCCCCCGAGCGGCAGUGCGGGAGGUGCGCCGGCCGCCAGUGGACCUCCUCUGGUUAUACUUGUAUAUUACACAGUCCUGAUUUCAGACGGUUUCAACCUUAACCUAUUUUAAAGAAGAAUAUUAUAUAAAAUACUGUUUUUAAACUUUUUGUCAUUUGAAAUGCAUGUAUUGUUGUGCGUGCUGGGGGACAGGCCCAUUAGCUCUGUGCCAACCUCCCAGGGCCAAGACUGCCAUGUUGGGGCAGGGGUGGGGGGCGGCGGGCUUCGCUCACCGUGUCGGGGCCCUGACCCCUUAAUCCAGAGAUAGCUGAUGGAAAUUGACUUUUCAUAUCUUUCUCCUGAAAUGAAUUCUGUUUUAAAUUGGAAUAAAUUUUGUUCCUAAA